GGUCUGGCUUGCAUACGUUUGUUCUGUAUUUGGGACCCCAUAUUGCUUUUUUCACCAUAAAAGCCAUGCAGUGUGGACGAGUUGAUUUUAAAUCUGCUCCAUAUGAUACCAUACAAUUCAAUAAAAGACCUUCAUGGCUUGAAAAUGACUGCUCGGUCUAUGGCCCUCCCAAGUUUUCAUCAUUACCUGGUUCACUGGUUCGGGUUCCAAUCAGCAGCAUACUACCUCAAGUUCAGCUAGAGGCUGUUCUUUGGGGCUUUGGAACAGCCCUCGGGGAACUUCCUCCAUAUUUUAUCUCAAGAGCAGCACGGCUAUCAGGAAACAGUGUGGAUGCCAUGGAGGAUUUGGCUGCUGUUUCAACAAAAGAAGAUGGAUUUUUAUCUUCUUUCUUGAAGAAAACAAAACGAUGGUUUUAUAAUCACUCCCAGCAUAUGAACUUCUUCACAAUUCUGGCCCUUGCUUCGGUGCCAAACCCUUUAUUUGAUCUUGCUGGAAUAAUGUGUGGGCAAUUUGGAGUUACCUUCUGGAAGUUUUUUCUUGCGACUUUGUUUGGGAAGGCAAUUUUCAAGACCCACAUACAGACCUUCUUCAUCAUCUCCCUUUGUAAUAAUCAACUGUUAGAAUGGGUGGAGAAUGAGUUCAUUUGGUUGUUCAGUCCAGUUCCUGUUUUAUCUUCUAUUCUUCCCGCCAUUGUCACGAAAUUGAACAUGAUUCAAAAGAAAUAUUUGUCAGCUCCAGUUCCUUCUGCAGAUCUUCCGCAAGGAAAGGCAAAACCGUGGAACCUAUCAUUCACCACUGUCUGGAACGCUGUGAUAUGGCUAAUGCUGAUGAACUUCUUUGUGAAAAUAGUCACAGAUACCGCACAGAGAUAUCUCAAACAACAACAAGAGUUGCAGUUUAAGAAGUUUUCUGCAUCAAUCCAUUCCAGUUGCAAUUCUGAAUCUAAAAGCAAUAACAGCUGAUUAUUUCUCACUGCUUCCCCGUCCAAAACAAGCUUUUUAGUACAAAAGUUAAAAUUUUUGUACUAGAAAAUCGCUUUAAGAAGCAGUAAAAAAGCCGUCGCCUUAGCUUUCCUGCAGCUAAACUUUGCACAUUGUGUAGCAUAGGUGGUGGUGUUUGUGGCAGCGAGCAGAGGAUUAUUUGUGCCGCUGCUCGAGAGGAAAGGCCUCUAAUUCCUUUCUGGUGCUAAUCUUAUUCUUGAGUAUGAUCUGACCUUUCAUUGUUUCAACGUAAUAAGAAAAGGAUAAUAUAUUAAUAUUAGUAUAUUACUUUGUGGACCAUUGUAUUAGAAAAGCCCUGCAUGCUUAAUGAUGUUGCUGGCGAAUUCUAUAAUUGAUGAAUAUUGAAAAGGAAAAAAGAUAUUGGAAAUACUUCACUUAAU